GUCGAUUUAAGAGAGGCAAUGAAGCGUGAGCGCCAAGCUGAUCAACAGGAAGCCGCUGUCGCUGCCUUAAGAAAAGGAGCCCAGGCUUUAAGCGUGUCGAGCAGCAUUUCAACUAAGGAUCUUGUUUGCAGGGAGGCUCACGCGAAGGCAAUACAGAAUUUCUUGGAGGAUGGUAAGCAUCACACAAUGCAAAUCUUCGGAAUGCCAGGAACAGGCAAAACGGCAACCGUGAACUAUGUGUUGGCACAGUUGGCAGCAAAGCACGGCACUAAGCCCACAGCCGUGUUCUUGAAUGGAUUUGUGGUUCAGAAAAGCUCUGACAUUUACUACACUCUGAACCAUCACCUCACCAAAGCGCGCCUCGGCACGGUGGAGCAGUGUCCUGCUGCGCAGUGUGCAUCGAAUAUUGAGAAGCAUUUCCGUCACGGCUGGGGCAACAAACCGCUGUCUCUCUGUGUCAUCAUCAUCGACGAAGUCGACAAGAUUCUUGAAAAGCAUGCCAAGGGCCUGUUCAAAGUGGUGGAUUGGCUGACCUUGCCGUACGCAAAUUGCAAGCUGAUCACUAUCUCCAACAGCAUGGACUUGCAAUUAGAUGCGAAAACGAAAAGCCGUCUCGGUGUGGUGAAUCAACUCGUCUUCUCGUCCUAUGGGAUGCACGAACUACGGCAAAUCUUGCUGCAUCGAGUGGGCGGGAUCGUGCCGAAGCUGUUUGCUGAUCAAGCACUGAAUCAGCUGUGCACGCAAACAGCCUCGCAUUACGGUGAUGUUCGCAGGCUUCUGCAGUCCGCGUCGGCGGCGAUCUGCAGUGUCCUUAUGAAAAUCCAGGACGACGCUGUGGACCUGAGUUCCGUUGACGGCAUUGUUUCGCUGCGCGAAAUCCACGCGGUAGUGCGUCAAAUCUUCCAUGACAGGUUUGUCGAAUUUAUUACAACGCUGCGGAAGCCCGUGCUAUUUAUCACAGUUGCGGUGUUGGGGAAAGAAACAGAAGAGCUUUUCAAAAGAAGAGAGGUGGAUUGCCGCUUGGCGGUAGAGCAGGUGCUGUUGAUCACCCAGCAAGCCCAGCGAAAGUGCAUGGGGGUGACCACGGCCAUCACCCGAGUUGCGUUUCUUGCAGAGAUCGAGCUGCUUCGCCAGGUGUCGUUGAUAGACGUGUCCAUGGGCGAGGAUAGAAUUCCCGUUCAUUCUGCGGACGGGCUGCUUGAGUCUACUGAGGAUGUGUACGUUUCCCUUUUGCAGCCUUAUCAGAUGGUUGUUGAUGCUUGUAGAUUGCACGACACAUUCGGGGCAACUUAUGGGGCAGCCCUCCACCUUUAA